AUGGAUAACGAAGGCUGCAGCGGUGCAGUGGAGGUUCCCACUCGGACGGUUUCUGGGAAGCGGCGGCGCCUCAGGAACUUGAUUAUGCGCUGUCCGUACUGCUGUUACACCACGAGGCGCAGCCCGGACAGCAGCGGUGGGACGCAUUUCCGCCGACAUCUCCUCACUCAUACGAAGGAGAGGCCGUACAAGUGCUAUGUGUGCUUAGUUGGCUUCACAACCAACACAAACAUGAAGAGACAUAUUCGGACCCUCCAUCCUGAGGUAGUAGUGCCACCGGUGGCUGCAUCUUCCGGUAGCGCUCCUCGGCAGUCAACUGCAGCUUUAGAUUGCAAUGAAGGGGCACCGAAUGCUUCAUCCACCACUUCUGAUGAGGGAAUAAACUGUCGUUUUUGCAACGUUGGAUUUUCCUGUAAGGGGAAGCGGACCAGGCAUGAGCGUCACUGCUCUUCCAGGCCUAACCCACCUCGUGUACUUAGUUGGUCCGACCGAGACAACACACAAGUUAGGGUUAACACGUGUGCUCCUCCUCCCACUGAGUUUGUCGUUGGUCCCGCUGAUACAUUUUUCGUUUGCCCAAACUGUGAACAGGAACUUGCCGACCGUCGUCAGUUGAAGCGGCAUCUAAGGUGCUAUUGUCCAUUCCGCGAUGAUGUUUUUGGCGACUGUGGUAUCGAUGACGAUGUAUUCUCUGUUGACCUUUGUGGCGACGCUGACGAGGGGUCCCCGUUGCGCAAGAGAACUAAGCGCAGUCGCUUGAUAGUUUCAAGGCGCUGUGCAGGUGUGGCUCAGAGUUUUGCUGCCCAGCAGAAUGUUAACUCGGCUGAAGUGCUAAAUAUUUCGGCAGCGGAGGCUGGUCUGCACUCGUAUGGAGAGAACGUUACGUUUACAUGUCCGUAUGAUGAUUGCAUGGCGACCUUCCUCUCUCGGCAGCGUUGGCUAAAACACGUAGCCCGGCGUCAUCCCUGUGAGCUUGUUCCCUCCGAGGAUUGUACCACUGUGCGCCUCGGUAUAUUGGCACCCUGCUAG